GGAGCUGCCGUACGAAGCGCCUUGCUGCUGCUGGAGCUGCACCGGUAUUGGGACAAGGGCAAGCUCGGGGUUUCUAUGGAGCGGAGUUCAGCCGCGGUGGGUGCCGUCAGGCGCCUGCGUACUCAGGCGUCGCAGCACCAGCAGCAGCGCUACCAGCAGCAUCACCAACAACAACGGCGGCGCCCGGAGAAAGAAGAAGAUGGACGGGACUGGAGGAAGCCAGGAGGCGGAGGCGCGAGGAUGCUGCUACUGUCGGAGACGCGCGCCGCGCUCGUGCUGCUGCUGUACUUGCUCGGGCUCCGCGGGCUCGUGCAGGUGUCCUUGCAGCAGCUGGUGCGGCCGGCGCGCGACCCUGGGGAAUUCGAUGCCUCUCGCGCCAGGAUAUAUCUGGAAAAUAUUACUGCAAUUGGUUCAAGAGUUGUUGGAAGUCCAGAAAAUGAAAUCUUCACAGUAAACUACCUCUUGGAACAAGUUAAAGCUAUUGAAAUUGAAAGCAGUCAUAUCCACACAAUCUCUGUAGAUAUACAGAGGCCAACAGGCACCUUCAGUAUUGACUUUCUUGGAGGAUUCACUAGUUACUACGACAACAUUACUAAUGUUGUGGUUAAACUAGAACCCAGAAAUGGAGCUGAGCAUGCUGUGCUGUCCAACUGUCACUUUGAUUCCGUACCAAAUACUGUAGGUGCCAGUGAUGAUGCUGUCAGCUGUUCUGUGAUGCUUGAGAUACUUCAUGCUCUUUCAAAGUCACCUGAACCAUUACAGCAUGCUGUUAUAUUCCUGUUUAAUGGUGCAGAGGAAAGCAUCUUACAGGCUAGUCAUGGAUUCAUUACACAACAUCCAUGGGCUAAAUCAGUCAGAGCAUUUAUUAAUCUGGAGGCUGCUGGAGUGGGAGGGAAAGAGCUUGUGUUUCAAACGGGUCCUGAAAAUCCCUGGCUAGUGCAAGCAUAUAUUUCUGCUGCUAAACACCCAUUUGGUUGUGUUGUAGCCCAGGAAGUGUUUCAGAGUGGUAUAAUUCCUGCAGAAACAGAUUUCCGUAUUUACAGAGACUUUGGCAAGAUUCCAGGAAUAGACUUGGCUUUCAUUGAAAAUGGUUACAUCUAUCAUACAAAAUAUGACACAGCAGACCGAAUUCUGACAGAUUCAAUUCAGAGGGCAGGUGACAAUAUUUUAGGUGUCAUAAAAUACUUAGCAAAAUCAGAUAAGCUGGCCAGAUCUCAUGAAUAUCGACAUGGAAAUAUGGUCUUCUUUGAUGUCUUUGGCAUGUUCAUUCUGGCUUAUCCAGCUCGUGUGGGCACCAUUAUGAAUUAUAUUAUCUCAGCACUUACCAUUCUUUAUCUUGGGAAAAAAGUAUUACAGCCACGCAAAAGAGCCAUUAAUUAUCUGAAGGAACUUGCUAUUGCCUUUGGUUUCACAAUCCUUAGUUGGCUUGCCACCUUGAUUGGCGUCCUUAUUGUAGCAGUGUUUAUUUCUCUCAUUGGACACACUCUUUCUUGGUACACCCACUUCUAUGUCUCUGUUUUUCUGUAUGGAACUGCAACUUGGGCUAAACUCAUUCUUGUGCAUACAUUAGCCAAGACAUUUUAUUAUAAAAAUACAAAUGAGCAGUUUCUUGGAGAGAUCUUCUUUGAUGUUCCAGUGGCUUUCUGGUCAAUUACAUUGGUUUUACUUACUUCCCUAGGGGUUUCUUCGGCAUUUAUCUGUGCAAUAUGGGUAGCAUUUCCGUUGCUCACAAAAUUAAUGAUCUAUAAGGAAUUGAAAGAGAAAGGUGCCACAAUGAAAUUUGUUAUGAUUUACCUCCUGGGAAUGUUUAUUCCACAGCUCUAUUUAUUAUACCUCAACUGGCUUAUAUUUGAAAUGUUUAUACCUAUCAUGGGACGCAGUGGUUCAGAAAUUCCACCUGAUUUAAUAGUGGCUGCUUUUACUGUUGUAACAUCUAUACUUAUGUCUUCCUACUUGCUUAUGUUCAUAUAUUUUGUCAGAAGCACAAAGAAGACAAUAAUAACUUUAACAACAGUGUUUGCAGUCACAUUCAUUCUUGUUUGCAGUGGAAUAUUCUUCCCUUAUAGUUCAGAUUCAGCAAACCCAAGACCUAAACGGAUCUUUCUUCAGCACAUGAACAGAAGAUUUCAUGGCCUGGAUGGUCACUUGGAAAAAAGUGAUUCAGGAAUAUGGAUUAAUGGGCUAGACUAUGGUGGAAUGUCUCAUGUUACUCCUCACAUACCUGAACUCAAUGAUUCCAUUAGAACAAAGUGCGAGGAAGAAUCGCCUCUCUGUGGCUUUCCUUGGAUCCUUCCUGUGGAUUAUUUAUUCAGAAAGAACUGGUAUCUUCCUGCUCCCGGAGUUACUCCUAAAAAACCUGUCCACUUUCAGCUUCUCUCCAAAGAGCAAACACCCUGGGAUUCAACAAAUUUAACCUUUGAAAUAACAGGUCCAAGUCAUAUGUCACUGUACCUUCGGCCACAUCAAGGAUCAACGCUGUUCAGAUGGUCUGUUGGUGAUGGGACACCUGUUGCUAAUUCUGUAGAUGGGGAUUACUUUGUUUUUUAUUCACAUGGGCUACAGGCUGUGCCAUGGCACUUAUGGAUAGAGCUGAAGGCUUUGGAUGAGCCUGCUAAAGGGAUGGUCACCCUUGCUAUAGUCACCCAUUAUUUCUUUGGGGAAGAUCAGACAUCACCUCAGUUGCAUGCCUUAAUCAACAGAUUUCCCAACUGGACCUUUCCUUCAGCGUGGGUUUCCACCUAUGACCAGUUUAUCUUUUAACCUAGAAGUAACACAGAAGCUCAUUGUCGUCCCUACAUUGUUGGCUGCACCUUUUGUUCAUAGGGAGUUUGGGCAAAUUGGCAGAGAUAGUAUUACACUUACUGCCACAAGUCUGUUUCUAUGGCAGCCUAACUGACAUAAAAAGAUUAUGCUCCUGUACAUCCUGGCCAGGGAGGAGUGGGGGAUGGCCUCUGUUUUUAAUGCAAAAUAUCACCUGUUUCUCCACUUGAAUGGCCAGUUCACCUAUUGCUUCUUCCCAUGAAAACUGUCUUUAAGGAAGCAGCUUUAAAGUAUCCCUCCUGGGCAUUUUGCAAUAAAGGGGCUUUGUUGCAGGGAUUCUGAACACAAGUAAUAUACUCCAGAGGCUUUAAAUAACACAAGAGUGGCCCUUAUUAAACAUUUUAAUUUGAUGUGCUGCAAUCAACUAAAACAAGGCUUUGGCUCUGAGACUUUAAGACUGUGUAUCAUGGAAGAUACCAAUGUGUUAGAAGCAUUAAAGGUGAUCAUAACUCUGCCAUAGUGAUACCCAUUUUGGAUACAACUUGUAGUCAAACCUUUUUAUGUUGUAAUGCCAAGGAAUUUGUUGAUUGAUCUCUUGAUGCCUAAUUUUGCCUGUCCUGGUCUUACAUUGUCCUUUCCAAACUCUGCAUAUCUUCCUUCUGGAUCCAAUGCUCCACUACAGUAUCCACCUUCAUAGAACCUGCCUUCUGCUCAGUUUCUGUGAGGAUCAAGCAACAUGAAGGUUCUGUUCAGUGCAGACACAGAUCUCGUGUGCCCCGAAGCACAAAGCCACCACCCUGGCCUUCUUUCUGAAUAGCUUAUGUGUGUGCGUUCUGAUUGUUGUACACUGCUUGGUAGUUGCUGAACUACUGAUUAUUAUUUAACGGCCUCUGUGCUUUUUCAUAGUUCAAUGGAAAUCGUGAGUCUUUCUUGGUUUAUGAAAAACUCAUAGGAAAUCAAGCAUUAGUACUUUGAUUCCUUUCUGAACACAUAGAAUAUACUUUUAUCAAAGAUACCGGAGCGAACCUGAGACUUGAAGAGUAGAAUAAGCUUCUGAUAAGUGAAUUUCCGUUAUUUCCUCUUUCACUGAUUUUCAAAGGAUCCAGCGUGUGGUCCUGGAAGGGCAUCCCAUGGCCAUAGGAUAGAGCACAUCUCUAUCUCUGCAGGUGAUCCGUCCUUGGCAAGGUGUUCCACCCGUUCCAGUGUGGAAAUCCCUGCAGCCCUUGCCUCUUUAGCCUUUGAGAGGAUAGAAAGGGGGAAGUGCUGUGGAAGGCUUGGAUCCACAAGAUCCAACUCCCCACCCCUGUUCCCCGGAAACUAUGCAGCCAAAUUUUGCCAACUGUCCCUGCAGCUGGAAUAGUUGAUUUCCCUCUCAGUGGAACUAUUGGCUCCAAUGGGAGGAGGGUAAAUGAGAAAGAAAGUCCAGUGAGGAGACUAAAGAAAGACAGCUGUAGAUUCUUUCUGCCCCUCUUGGUAGGAUUGCUGUUAAUGGCCUAAAUGUUCAAAGCCACAAGGUUUCAGUGCCUGUGGAAAAUGUGUUUCAAAUGGUGAGUAUGUAGUCAAGAACCCUUUUCAUUAGUUCUAAAGCAUUAAGGAGGCAGCAAGCAAUUUUCAGUAAUUUGAGUCUUUGCCAGUGAAAGGAGCAAAAUGUGAAGGUAUCUAAAAAGCACACAGAAAACUUGGUUAAAAUCAAGUACUUGCUGUCUGCAUUCAGUAAUAGUAACAAACAGGGAAAGAAGAGUCAGCUCUUGUGAAUCAGGGGGUAGUGCCUGAGAUGACAGCCACCCUAGCCUUGCGCCUUUGAGUUCAUUUUUUUUCUACUUUGGUUUUACCUCUAAGGAGGGAAUGUCCUUUUGUUUGCCAUAGUGUGACAGGGGCUGGAGUGUUGCUGUACUUUAUAAAGUGUAAAACCAGCAACUGGCAGCUUAAUUUGCAGAAGUUCUUAAAGAUGCUGUCACUGUAGAGAAGGUACAUUACUGUGAUCAUCUAUAUAGGGAGGAAGCAGGGCUGGGCGGGCCCUUCAUUGCCUUUCAUUAAGCUGUAGGGGACAGUAUAUAUUGAUGUUGUUGUCCUUGUGCUCACUGAGCCUGAGGCCUGUGGUGUUGCUGCCAAGAAGCCAAAGUGCACAUGGCCCCUACCAUCUGGGUGUAGAGGUGUUCACAGAGAAGAAGAUAAAGCUAUGCAAGAGGUAGCAAGAAAGCUUAUGUUUAGCUUACAGUUCUUUACAUGUUUCUUCAGAAGCAAGUUCCAUUCGUAACAAUGGCUUCCAAAUAAAGGUGAUGUGGGUAUUAUUUCUCAAUUUUACCAUGCUGGUAAAUUUUGAAAAUGAAGAGUCAGUUCUUCACUUUAAAUAAAUUAACAAUGCUAGAGUGCAUCUGUGUUGACUUGUUCUACCUUAGGAACAUCUUGAGAAAUGUAUAAAUGCAAUUCAUUCAAACAUGCUAAAUGUACAUGUGCCUCCCGUAGAGGUUGCUGUGCAUUUAGCUCCCUAGCUUCUCUGUAACAUCUUGUAGAAUUGCCUUGUAUUAUGACUUCAUGGUCUGUAUUUUACUGCCACUGCAUUGGCUGCCAACAAGAAGAAAAUGCAAGCCAGUCAUGACACUGGGAAUUCCUUAUACAAGGAAUUCUACCAGCCAUUAUAGAUGGAGGACCCAAAUGGACGGCUGCAGUGUGGCAUCUGGGGUCAGUGCAGUAUGUCAUUUGGCCUUAACAGCAUUGCUCUAUGCACUGAACCCAGGCAUUUCAAACAAAGUUGACCUAAUGUAACCUAUAUCAAGAAAUGCAUAAAUGCUUAGCCCCGAAGCAAGUCCUUUUGCACGGACUGUUUUCCCUUCAAUUUAGUCAUUUUCCUUAGUGAAAGAAGUAUGGGCUUACAAGUAUUUGCAUCUUAAUACUUUUCUCUUACAAUGUGCAUUUUAGACAAAUCACUCUGAACUGUUUUAUGCACCUUGGUUUUCCAAGAAAAACAGAUCGGAGGAAUUCUAAAUGGCUCCAAAAAAUCCAUAAAGCCUUUCCUAAUUGUUUUACAUUGUGCCUCCAAACUUGUAUGUUUUGAAACUGGCUCUGCAUGAUGUAUAUAGACAGCAGUGAAUAAUAUCAAAAUGGCUCAGAGCAUGCUAGGAAUAUCAGGACAGGAAAUAAUUUUAGUUCUUGAAAUUUAAAAAGGCUAACUCAGGCUCUAUCCUUUAUUAAGGAGUACAACAAAAUAGUAGGUUGCUUUUUGGUUGCUGCAAGAAAGGAGGUGAACUCUUGCCUUUAAAACAAAAGUUCUUAAUUGUUCAGCACUUGAAUGACAAUUUUCUCUGGUCUGAAGUCUAGCAUUACAUUGAAAGCCAUUGUAUGGAGCUUUUUAGUGCAAAGUUCUGAAUGACAAACUGAGUUUUUUGAUCAGAAAUUCUGAGUUAACAGCAUAAAACUAUUUGCUUUGGUGUUGCUUAACUGUGGGUUCUGGUUUUUACAACUGGCAGAUGGUUUUAAGAUGGUAGUCCUUAAGACUGUAUUUGGAAGCACCUGUAUGUUAAUGUUUCUUCAAAUUAACAAACAUAGGUAACAUGUCCAGGAGACCAGACUCGGCCUAGCUACUUAACCUUUUCUUAGCAAUGCUAGCCUUCUGUGUGCAGAAACAUUUUUUGAGGAGUAGGACAACAUUCCAUCUUUGAGCCCUCAUCUUCUGUCGUAAAUUAGAUAUUAAGAGAUGCAGGCUUGUUAAUUCAGCUUGAGUUUAAGACCUAGCCCACAGUACACAGGAGUAUGAUGGAAAAACUAUGGAAAAAAUACACAGGAAGUCAAAAUGAAAAGAGGAUUGAAUGUAAAAGAUAACUGAUACAAAAUAAAAUGAUUUUAUGAAUGA